ACGGAACAAUUUGUGUGCAGCCAGACAUCCUCCCGCUUCUCUUUUCAGCAGCUGACACAAGGGACAGCGUCCCAGAGCUGCACUCACCCACUUGAGUGAGCGACAGACGCCGCUGUGGUCGUCAUUGUAGUGGUAGUCGCUGAUGAUGGAACGGGCGCUGGCGGCGUUGAGUGUCGUCGCUGUCGUCGUGCAGGUGACGGGCAGCCAUGAGGCAAUCCGAAACCUUCUGCUCAACCCAGCUUUGAAGAUGACAGCUUAAAGAGCACGUGGACAGGCAGCGGCUUUCAGAUGAGAAAGUUCUCCUCCGUCAAAACACACGGCAAUUUUUCUCUCUUGUGUUCUGGAAGGACCAGCCCUAACGCCGGGCCUCAGCAGCACAUCAGCGGCCUGGUACCCGGGGGACGCUACGCACUGCGCGCCUACGUCAGGCUGCUGGAGGACAAGCCGGGUAGACUGUGGCAGACCUUCAAAGCCCUCCUCACCUUCUACUUCGAUGUCGGUGAUUCAGCAAAGAAGUGCAAAGUUUUGAGGGGAAAGCAGCGACAUCAAUGUCAAGACGAGCAAAGUGAAAGUAAAGACAAGAAACAUGACGACGCCAAGUCCAAAGCAGGAAAAAGUCCGAGAAAGAAGGCGAGGGCCGCACCAGACCAGCCUCCUAAACUGAGAUGGUCGAAAAGGCUCGCAAGACCACUCGUCAACACACAGUGAGGAAAUAUCAGUACAUCAUUGCUUGGCGAGCGUUUGCUUCGGUGAAUAAAGGCUGGUUGACACUUACUGGCGACCUCGAUGCUCCAAUGAGAAACAUCACAGGCGCACACCUGUCCAUCCAGGGUCCUGACGCCGGCCUCGACUUUCUGCUGGACGACCUGGUCCUAUACGAGGUCCCUGAGCAUCCGGACUGGGCCACUGAGGCUCUCGUCAGGAUUGACAAGCACAGGAAAAGCAACGUUCACCUACAAGUGCACCUUCCGUCCUGUGUUGACCCUGCAGAUGUGGAAAUCCAGGUAGACCACAAGAAACACUUGUUUGCCUUUGGAUCCAAGGUGGAGGACGACCUACUACGUGGAACGAGCGCGCGAAACAAACGCUUUCAAGACAUUUUUUUCUAUCUGUUCAACUGGGCCACAGUCCAGAGUUACAAGUGGAAGUAUGGCGAGGGUGAAUCCAAAAACCCAGACUUCAGCAAGGCUGUACACGCCACAGAUGUUUUGCUCAAGAAUGGCCUCAAAGUGCGGGGCCACUCCAUCCUGUGGGGUGUCAAGGACAGUGUACCCGGGUGGGUGCAGUCACUCCGCGGCAGGCAGCUUCGAACCGAACUGGUCCGUCAUGUCGAGCGCAUGACUAACAUCACCAGGGGCAAGCUGGCCCACUGGGACGUUCAAAACGAGCUUCUCCAUGAGCAGUACUACGAGGAGACGCUUCAGGACCCGAACAUCACCAUGGAGAUGUUUAAGCUGGUCAAGCGCCUGGAUCCUGUCCCCAAACUUUACCUCAACGACUUCCAGGCCGUCACAAUCGGAGGAAAGACGGAGGCGUAUCACGACUUAGCGGAAGACUUCAAAAGGGCAGGAACAGGUAUCCAGGGUCUUGGAAUACAAGGGCAUACUAAAGACUUCAUCAAGCCUGACCCUACUAUGAUCUGGAGACGACUUGACAGACUGGCACAAACCGGUUUGGAACUCUUCAUGACGGAGUUCGACCUCGGCUGGCAUGAUGACGUAGUCCGAGCUGAUUGGCUGGAGGACGCCAUCCGGGCCUUCUUUGCUCACCCUGGGCUCAGUGGCCUCAUAUUCUGGGACAUCUGGGACGACAAACAGCGCUUCCAUGACAAAGGUCUUAUCAGUGGACCAGACCUCCAAUUUAUCGAGCCCGGCCAGCGGUUCGCCUGUCUGGUGAAGAAGGAGUGGAGCACCCACGUCACGUGGCGCCUGUCGGACAGUAACCAGACCCUCCGUCUGCGGGCCUUCCAGGGCCUCUAUGAUGUGGUGGUCAAGAAGAGAGGCGUACCAGUCCAGAAACUACAAAUGACUCUCGGCAAACAGGACAUCGUCUAUCACAUCAAUGUCACGGCCAGUGACGUGCCAAUCGGCGUGCCUAAAGAGAUAGACUUUGUCCCUCAGUGUAUUAGCCACCGAGGUCAAGAGUCAAUGGGAAUGGCCAUCUCAACGGCCAAGGACCAAAACCUCAUGUGUCAGAGGUGCAUAUCAAGUGUGCAAGGGUCGACCGGGGGAUUGACGGAAGUGUCUGUCACGUGUGACGAUGGUUACGUCAUGACAGACUGUAGUAGCUACGUCACGUCGAGACAAGUAAAUCUCGACCAGAUCCAGCUGUCAGACAAGAUGACGGUGAUCAACGGCACGGCCACGUGUACUGCACACCUUCACGGCAUGCUGCCAACACCAACAGAAUUGGUGGCAACGGCUCAGUGCUGCCGUCUGGAGGGACUCACGUGUGACUACCGGGUAGCAGGUCCCUCUGCCAUCUUUGACGGUGCCAGAGCAGAGGCUGUGUGUCCUGGUGGUUACUUCCCUUUUGGCUGCUCGGCGUACAGUCGCUGGUCUCACCACGCCGGGGUCAUGCCCAGUAUGACGUCAUGUGUUGCUCAGAGUGGACCCCCCACCACCAGUGACCCCGCCAAACAGUCGGGUGUGAUAGCUACAGCUGCCUGCUGCAAUGGAGGACUGAAGUGCCACGUAGUCCAGUCACAUUUUCUACGUGGAAGACGUGCGCACGUCACGUGCCCUCCAAACUACAUUAUGACUGGCUGCAACGCCUUUUCUGUAGAUGGAAAAUACAGAGGAGCCUUCACGGAAAGAGGUACCUCUGUGUGCACUGCAGUCAGUGAGACAGGUGUAGGAGUCACAGCCUACGCCACGUGCUGCAUAGCGGGAUGAAGAUGAUGCACGACAGUCACCAUGACGACAGCAGACGAGCGGCAAAACGCUCGUACAGCCUCGACUUAAUAUUCCAACAUUUUCUCUAAGAUGUUUUGUUGCUUAGCACAAGAUAGAAGACAGCAGUCGUGACCAUUGUGUUGAUAAGCGAAUAUAAAGACCGUUUGAGAUCCUAUGUCAACCGUUAACUUCUACCCUUAAGACCUCAGGGACCUGAUCAUAAAGGCCACACUGACUGACAUCUAUUGAUGUUGCUUUGUUUACCUCAAUGACAUGAUCAUUAAAUUCACUAUGACUGUUGUUUAUUAAUGUUGAUUUUGUUUUUCAUCUUGCCUACUGUACUUUUCCCUGUUGCUGUUAAUAAAGAAAAACAGU